AAAUAACCAAUGUCAUUUGUAAAUUGUGCUUAGCUAGCAAUAUUGUGAGUGCGACCUUAACACCGCCCUAACGCCGUUAUCGCCGGGUGUUGACCUAGUUCUCUGAGGUUAUAUAUAGGACCUUAACCCCCAUAUACUAUUGCCAACGCAAACUACCUUCGUCGCUUAAUUUAGUCACAGGAAUCCACAGCACGACAAAAUGGCACCUCUCGUUUGGUUCAUCACUGGAGCCUCAUCAGGUCUCGGCCUCUCACUUGCGCUGCACACGCUGGCGGCCGGGCAUCAUGUUAUCGGCGCUGUUCGCAGUACAUCCAAGUCCGCGAACGCGGUCCAGAAAAUUCAAGAUCAGGGUGGCAAGGUCAUUGAAUUAGACGUCACCAAAGCCGACACCAUCUCCCAGAAAGUCGCAGAGGCAGAAGGUCUGUAUGGCCGUAUUGAUGUACUAGUCAACAACGCGGGGUACUCGCUGUUGGGCGCGGUGGAGGACUUCAACGACCAAGAAUGCGCCCUCCAGAUGGAAACCAACUUUUUCGGCCCUGUUCGGUUAAUUCGCUCCGUGCUUCCGGGCAUGCGCGCCUCUCGCACCGGAACGAUCGUGAACGUCAGCAGUGUCGCGGGUCAAGAUGGGCUACCUUCAUGUGGCUUGUAUGCAGCUAGCAAGUUUGCAUUAGAAGGGUUAUCUGAAUCGCUAGCCCGCGAGCUAGCGCCGUUCAAUAUUUCCGUGCUCGUGGUGGAGCCCGGCGCUUUUCGUACGAAUUUCUUGGCGGCGGUUCAGAUCAAUGAGGGCGGACUUAGUGACCCUUAUAAAGGUGGGCCAGUCGAUGCUGUGCUGAACGUAUUCAAGACAUCGCAAGGAAAACAGAAGGGCGAUCCAGAGAAGGCCGUUGCGCGGAUCUUUGAAGUGGUCACUGGCGAAGGCGUGGCUGGUGGGCUGAAGGGGAAGAUUCUCCGACUACCAUUGGGUCCGGACUGCGUGCAAAGGAUGCAGACUAAACUGGAUAAAGCCUCCGCUGAUCUUGAAGCUGCACGACCCUUUGCGCUGGGAACCAACUAUGAGUAGAUAUCAUAAAUGCGGAGCCUAG